AUGUUCCUACCAGAGACCCUCACCUCCACGAUCUCGACUAUCUCGCGGCCUAUCGCUGCUGCAGCUGCACCUCCCGCCAAUCCCGCCGAGAAAAAGGAAAACAAGCGUGAUCAGCAUUCUUCCUUCCACCUUCAGAAUAUCUUCAACAAACACCAGCAAGAAACAAAGAAAGGACCAUUCUUCCCAGCGAUCAAUUUGUCUUGCCUUGGACUAUACACAUCUUCACCUCCAAUUGUUCUCCACCCAAUUCAAUCACCUCACUCCCAAUCAGUGCGCGACGAGUCCACCGAACCAAGCCUUUUACUCCGCUCGAAAUCACGGUACCGCGACGCCAGAGCCUUCCACGUACCCUCUAUACCUGUCACCCUUGAGAUUCGAGUCAGAUCCUCACCAUAUUCUUCCUACACAUACGUCAGGGCGCCCCACAGACCUAUUCAAGCCCCAGCAGUACACACCUGCAGAAAGACGCUGCGCAGUGGCUCUCUCCACUGCCCAAGCGCCACAUACAAAGAACUGGCUUCCUUUUCGCCGCCACUGCAGCGAGAUUACUUCCACCUCCCCAGUCUUGACUUGUCGAAAUACAAGUCUCAUAAUAUUUCUACAGCAAAGAAUAACACUGCCCACACGGUGACGCCGAACAGAUUGCCCUCACUGGCUUUCCACACAGCACCCGCCGGUAUCCACUGGCAGGGUGUGAUAGGUACGGCCUUGAACGCUCAAAAUACGCUGCCGACGCCUCCAAGUGACGCAGGAGACGGCUACAAGCUUCCUGGGCACGCCUCAACGAGCCCGGCUGAUGCCACGCAAAAUCAAUCAUCCGCCAUGGGUUCCAUGAUGGAUUCCACUGCGACUCCUGGAAGUCUGACUGCACGACGCCCUGCUGCUGGCAACCUCCCGAACAUGGAACUGCCUCCUCUUCCCUUUCGAAACAGCACACCAGCCAAACCAGUGGGAUUUGCCUUUGACCUAAAUCAAGCCGCUCAGACCGGAGGCGCGGUCGUGAAUCCCACCACCAACCUAUUGACUCCUCCGACCACAUUGCCAACGGACGGUUUCACCAACAGUGCCAUCUCGGCCACAAACCAGGCGCCUCAGACCUUUCCACAAGCCUCACCUUGGUAUAAUUUGAGAAUGGGUACUACACCGCAAUCAUGGACUCCCAAUGCAAAAGGACUCUUCUCACCUUCUAUCGCAGAUACUCUACAGCGACCAAUCGCAGAUUCUCCAACAUCACAAGAUAAUCUUUCCACGAGUCUUCCUCCUCCUCCACCAAGCUUUCACGACGCAAGCCCAUAUGGCCAAAAUAUACCUACAAAUAUACCUACGCACAUUACAAAUCAGCAUGCAUUCGCACAGAACGCCUCUGCCAAUGACACCGACGUUCCUCCAACGAAUGUAGCCCAAGAAUCAUAUAAUGAGAGACCAGCUUCAACUCCAUCAGCCUUUCAAGGAAGCAUUUCGCAGCCAAAUUCUGCGCAGGCUAACAACUUCUCUAUGUACCCGACGUCGUCUCCACCACUGCAAAGUCCCAUGAGUGCACCUCUGCCAGGCUCCUCACCUUCCGCUGGUUCACAAGGUGCUUUCAAUAUGCCACCUAGGCACAACUAUGGGUACCAACCAUACCCAGGCAAUUACCAGGUACAAAUGCCUCCUGCGCAAGGCCAAUACAGCGCCCCAAUUAUGGCCAAUGUGGGCCAUCCUGGAAAUCCCAUGACUCUUGUGAACGUGCAUGGCGGCGUGCCGCAAAUUCCAUACAGCAGCGGCUUCAUUGCGGGUGUGUACUCACACAAUCCGCCGAAUCCUCACCAAGAUCGACCGUUCAGGUGCGAUGGAUGUCCUCAGUCGUUCAACAGAAACCAUGAUCUCAAAAGGCACAAACGAAUUCAUCUUGCUGUGAAGCCUUUCCCAUGCACACACUGUGACAAAACCUUCUCACGCAAAGACGCACUCAAAAGGCAUAUUCUGGUCAAGGGCUGUGGAAAGAAUGGGUCCGACCAGAAGACUGAGCGCACCAGCCGCCGUGAGGAUUCUACAGAACUAGGCGAUGAGGCAUCCCCAAUAGAAACGUGA